AGCUGAGCGGACAUCUUCUGUCACAGCUGCUGUUUCUGCCGCAACAUCACCAUCACCUGUCCGCGAGACACUCUCAGGACUCACAGAGGUUUCCAGAGGUUCGAAGUCUUUUUCUGAAGUUUCUCGACUGGAGUUUUUUUUCGCAAGUGAUCGCACGACAACUUUCAUCAUGGAGAUAAUCAUCAUUAUGCUGAACGGGGCGUCCCACCGCCUGACGGUGAACCCUCAGGACACCGUGAGCUCCCUGAAGGGACUCAUCCAGACCAAACUGGGAGUCCCGGUCCAGGAGCAGAAGCUGGUGUUUGUGAACGGCCAGAGGACUCCUCUCAACGACGACUCAAAGCCUCUCAGCUGGUACGGUCUACAGUCCGGCUCCCAGGUGUCUCUGCUGAUCACCCAGCCGCCACCUUUCCAGGUGUUCCUCAAAAACGAGAAGGGCAAAUCGACCACCUACGAUAUCACACCUGAGGAGACCGUGGACCACUUCAAGGCCAGGGUGGAGCAACGAGAGGGGGUCCCAGUGAGCCAGCAGAGGCUCCUCCACCAGAGCAGAGAGAUGACCAGAGGAAGACUGACAGACUACAACGUCACCAAUCACAGCACCAUCGACCUGAUGCUCCGCCUGAGGGGAGGCUGAGGACUCUUAGUUAAUUACCUAUAGCCCAUUGUAUUUUAUUUAAUAGAAAUGAAAAUUUUAAAUUCUGUGUUUAUUUAUAUAUUAAAAAAAUCAGUAUCAGCUUUAAACGCCAAGUAUUGAACAACUGGACUAAUUAACUGAGGAGUGACAUCAUUCCUGGAUAUGCAAUCGUGUUUUUUAUUUUUCUCAAGUACACGUUUAAAUUAUCUUCCGAAAUCCAAACAUUCCUCGAUGUGAACAGAAACGACGACCUCCAAUGCUGCAUUUUGUAUUGACUUUUAUUUUUGACUUGGAAAAAAUCAUUCCCAGACCUGUAACUGUGUCAUUUCUUAAACAUUUGUAAUAGCUUAAUAUGUUUUAUUUUGUUUUGGACAUACACAGGUUAUACACACACAACAUGACAUUAUUCACAAAUCCACAGUUUAAUUAUUUUUGAUUAGUGCUCAGAAAUUCAAGCAUUCCUUGAUGUGUGUGUCCUGAUUCAGUCAUUCCUCAACACAGCAUGUUAUAAUCUCAUUAGACCUCUAAAUGUUCAUCAGUAUCAACUGGAAACUGUUUUUAAAAAAUAAAAAUAAAGCCCCGGAUGUUAAAUUUU